GCUUGCUCGCCUGCCUCUCCCACGUCCUGAGCGUUUUAGUCGCACAACUGACGGUACCAGCCUCGUCCUCGACAGGCGCUGACUGAGCGAUGUCGUGCUCUCGGGUCUUGUAAACGGAAUGAACAUCAGUAAAAUAAUCAGAUGCAUGUUUACAAACUGAUUUCAACAACUGAGGCUCACUCGCGGAAUGACAGUUCCGCCAGUCGAACGGCGCUGGUGCCCGUCAGUUGUGCGAAUUAAGCCAAAGCACUUAACUACGCAUGGUUUGGCCCUCUUCCACACUGGAAGCUAAGUGGCACGUGAUGCAGCUGUUCGUGCGCGCAUGACGCAAUAUGCCAAUGUCUGUGUGCGAAUACGCAUGUGAGCGCAGCACAGACUUGAAAGAAUGCUGGCUUAAAUGCUGAUGUACAUAAACAAAAUCAGAAUGUAUAUUUUGUCGCACGCGAGAAAGUAGUCCGUGAAAACACAAAGACGUGUAUCACUGAUUUUUUACCUUCUUCUGUUUGCUUCAGCUCUUGCACAGUCCGCAAAAUGAUUAGGCACGGCCUUCUGGAAUUAUUUCUAUAUUAUUUUUGGCCAGUAUGCCGCAUAGCAGUAGGUAGCUCUAAAAUAGCAGGGACCUGCAGCGGACUUUUCGGUUGUGAAUCCUCGUCAGCGCUAUCAAAAAGGCACUGAUGGGAGCGUACGGUCGAAAUGUCUGCGUUCUGCUUACUCUUACAACAGCUACCCACCCUUCGUACCGCAUACAGGCCAAUAACAACCAAUGUCGGCCAUGUGAUAUGUGGGUUCGCGGGAGACCAUACACAGACGUAGCACUGCAGAACACGUGCGAUUAUGAGGCUGUUCCAAAUUGGUAUGGGGCUUGAGUUGGGAUAGCCGUUUUCAGGAUAUUUCCCUGAAGUCGAAUUGCGUAAGGCUUUAAAUCCUGUUGUUUCUCAGUCAGGCGCACGUGAACUUGUGCAGACUAUUUCGCGCCGUAUAAUUUGAAGUCACCCAGGGAUGCAUGACGUGAUAGAAACGUCACACAAGUGCCGCCCCAUCAAUGGCCAUAUUGUGUUCAAGUUCAAGAAAAACAUAGUCACUGACUUAUUCGCACGGAAUUAUGUCAGCACGAACCGUGACAUCAACGAAGGGCAGUUGGCUUUCACUUAGCUUAACGCGUUGAAUGCUAGUCUCGAUUACGAUUGGUUGGUAUUUGGAUCAGAGCCUUUCGGCCAGUGAUGGCCUUUUCAGGGCUAUGGGACGUGGGAGUCUGGACGACGGUGGGGCAAGGCUGCUUACACCUGGGAAUCCUACGGCCCAGGCUUUGCCCGCACAAGGGGUGUGGCUGCACUGUGCGGAAUUUGUGCACUCGGCGCUCGCACGGGGGCCCCACCAGGGGCACUUGGGCCCACUCAUGGCUGGCACAUGCAGCCUGCCCGGAGUCAGCGGGGCGUUAAGCAUGCAAGAUAAAGCGAGAAAUCCCGCGUUUUAUCAUAUAUAAGGCAAACAUUUGGGCAAUUCCACUAGUCGUGACUGGCACGAGACUCGGAAUGAAUCAACGUGAGGUUAGCGCCGUAAUCGAAAAUAUAAAUGCGAGUAAAACGACGUGCUAUCACGAUAAGAAGAGGAAAGAUAUACAAGAAUACCACGAGAAAGGACCAACAUGCGCUCAUUUAAGGUUCGCCAGUGCUUUUGCACCCAUAAGUUAAAAAGCCAUUUUGCAGCUAGCUGAAUUGCUACGAGCGAGUCCGCUUGUCCCUUCAGUGGAAAUUCUGACACGGCAAAUCUGCCAGGGAUUCUGACGUCAGAAGAACGUUCAAUGACGUAAUCAAACGAUGACGUUUUUAGAUUAAAUCCAAACCGUUUGAGUGGAUACAUUUCUGGGACUAGACCCGUCUAGUCCUUACCGUAUUUUAGAGCACAUUUAUUAGGAAAUGAGCGUAUUAUUGUCGUCGUCAUUGGAACUUUACGACGCACUCAGCUGCUCAGGCUAUGUAGUGUCGCCUGCCUGACAGUGCACCUUGGCCGGGAAGACGGACACCGCGGGGAAUCAAACCCUGCACCUCUAGUGUUCAGAGCGCACAGCUUAACCACUUCAUCCAUGAGGCCCAUAAUAGCUAAUCAUGCUGCAAAUAUCCCACCGUUGUCACCAGCUGCGUACGUCCAAAUAACCCUCGCCGCCUGCUGACUGACGUCAUCAGCGCGCCGACUACAGACGGCCGUGACGUCACGGCGGCGAUCAGGACAGCUGCAGCAGAGACUGCCCGGCAGCCGUGGCUUUGUGCUCCUCGACGGCUGGCAGUACGACAUCCGGCCCCACCAGGGCGUGGUACCACACAAGGGCCACGCUGCCAUGCACGCAGCCAAGCACCAAAGCUCACAGGCGGCAGCCGGUCCUCGACGCCACCAAAACGCGCCUGGCACUCGGCAGAGUCGGCCAAACGUGGCAGCCAAUCAGCAACGUCGCACAAAUGCGCCAGUUUAUCAGCGAAGCCGACAGGCUGCGGUGGCCAACAGACGUCAGCAGCCCGAACGACGCUCUCACGGCCGCCGAGUCGGUGCGCCGGUCCGGUACGCCAAGACCGCUAGGCCAACGAAGAAACAGAACAUCGCUCCGAAGCUGCCCAGGACGCAAGAAGUCGUCCACUCUGUGUACCCCCAAGCGUACGAGUCCCACGAGGGUGUGAACGCGCGCAACAUGACGCUGUUCCUGUUCCGCCGGUCGGACCGGCCCAGCCACUACGUGGACCGCACCAGCGGCACCGGCACGCUCUACACCAGCAGGCGGGGCGCGUGUCCGGCGAUGCCCCUAAGUGGGUGCAGUCCGCUGCCGCGCGGCGGUCUGCCACGCUCGUGCGCCAACGACUACCAGUGUGGCGACCAUCUCAAGUGCUGCUACGACCCGUGCCUCACCAUCAAUAAGUGCGUCCGGCCCGUGGCGGGCUGACCGAGGCUCCACGGCCAGCUGUCCAAGCGAUGGAUCGGGCAUACUGGGCGCCGUGUUACUGCUAGGUUGCGCCCUUGUGAUAUGUGCGUUAAGGCAUUCGGAUGGGUUUUCUUACGUGCGUUCGAAGCGUCCCUUUGCUUAAGCUUUAAGCGUCGUAGUUGUUUGCAGACGUGUUAUAUGGACGGCUUCUGUAUGGCAGUCAUCGUUCCUCGACGGCGAGCGGUGUGCAGGCUGGGGUGCGCAUGCGCACCGCGCUCCUGCUCGUGCCAUCUGUGCACUCGGCCGGCCGGGCUGUGAUGCCGGUGAUGAUAGUGAUAGUGCCUGGUCACCUGCCUUGAAGGCGACCUGUGGUGGCCUGCCGGACCACGCUCGCAUGCCGGCCAGGUGCAGGCCCAGCUGGCGUCUG